AUGUUAAUAGUGGAUUGUAUCCAGCUGCCAGCAGAACGGACAUUACUGGUGAAACGGAUCCUCCCUCACCAGAAGGUUGGGGAACGUACUGGCAACCAGGAUUUGCUUCCUUGUGAGACCUGUGGAAGACAUUUUGCACAGGAAGCACUGACAAGACAUGUGCCAAUAUGCAAAAAAAUCUUCAACAAAAAGCGCAAGCCAUUCAAUUCCUUGAAACAGCGACUGGAGGGAACUGAAAUUCCAACUGUAAAGAAGAAGCCACCCCAAAAGAACCAACCAGAGAAAAAAUCUAACUGGAGACAGCAGCAUGAGAAUUUCAUUACUGCAAUCAGAGCAGCCAAACUUGCCACUAUAGCCAUGAAGGAAGGCCGUCCCCUGCCUCCACCCCCACCUCCAUCCAUUAAUCCAGAUUAUAUUCAGUGCCCUUACUGCAUGAGAAGGUUUAACGAGACUGCAGCAGAAAGGCACAUCAAUUUCUGCAAAGAACAAGCUGCCAGGAAGGCAUUUGCUCCAGGCCAGAAAGGAGCCAAGGCGUCUCCUGGCAAACAAGCAACUCCUAAAAAAGAACCAACCUUGACAAGUGCUGUUGGAGCACUGCUUCAGAACAAGUCACAAGAAGCCUCCAAUCCAAUCCAACCUGUAACAGGACAUGCUAUUGAAACCUCUUUUGGAACAGCACAGAAAAAAUCACCUGCUAUUCCUUCUGGAAAGGAUUCUGGGGUUCCAGCACAGGGCAGAAGAUAAGGGGAGUAUGUCCCACAGGCCUUUGAUAAGCAGCCUUUACAUUUACAGCAUUACAACUGAAGAUCAGCAAACUAGUUCGCCCAAUGCAUUCAGCAUCCCAGGUCUCAAGUCUUGUAUGAUGAAUUAAACUAUGGAAUAAAACAAGGAUUGUAUU